AUGUCGCCACCAAGGCCAUCCAAGCGCAAAAUGGCCUCGCCAGCAUGGAAAAACCCGCGUGAGGUCAUCUACCGAAGAUCUCUCAUCGGCAAAUCCCGCCAACGCCUGGACCUGGAUUCCCCAUCGCCGAGCACGCCUCCCGUUCGAAGCCUCGAGCCAAGCUCUUCCGCUGCGACCCCCGUAGCGUCUCCUGCCAACCCAUUCCUAAGGCGUUCUCCUCGGAAGCGGCAACGCCCAUCGACUAGCACUACUCCAUCUAAAGUUGCUCCAGUCCAGAAAGAUUUUGUCUAUGACGAUACACGGGCCCUGGAUUUUGAUUAUACGGACCGGUUGCGACGAUCUAUGGGCUCAAAAAGACCGGCACUCGAUCGCCCGUUAUCGUAUAGUGUAGGGGAUCCUAUCGCUGAUCUCUUCAACUUUGACAUGUCCAAUGAUUUAACGAACUCCCGGAAUUCGACACCAAAGGCGCGAGAGCCCGAAUUUUGCCAUAGCACUAGCCAGCCGGUCGAUCUUCGCCCGGGGACAAAGAUGCGCAUCGUGUCCAAAAUACCGUUUCCCUGGAUGAAAGGGGAUGUCAAGAAGCCAUGUAAUGUACCCGUAAAAAUCAUGGAGCCCGAAUUGACGUAUGGGAUGAAAUUGUUUAGAAAUGGGGAAAUGGCCUUUGAGGACCUAUCCCUGCCAUUCCUCGAAGCAGCGUCGAUGUGUUACAUUUACCCCGAUGUUCCGGGUCUCGGCUUCUACCCCCGGCUUGAAGCCUUGACCAAGACCACCGGCAAAGGCGCCCUGCUCAGCGCGGAACAGAAGGAGAUAAUCACCGCACAAUGGGAACACUGCUUUACCUCACUGUUCGAUGCGUGGAAGCGAGGGAUGUGUGAGUCGUUUUACGUAUGCGGGCCACUUUUUACCGUCCUCUUCACCACCUAUGAUUCCUCGGAGGAUGAUGCGCAUGAAGAUGCGAAUUCACAAUCAUCGAGAAUGGAUGGCAAAAUGCGAGCGGCAAUUGUGUCACAUACCAACUAUUCCCUGAGACACUAUUUUAAGAAAGAAGGAGUCGAUUUUGAACUUGCCAAGCGCCCCAGUGGCAGCAAGUCCGCCGACGUAUUGUCGCCUAUGGUAGAGCAGCACGUCGCCGACCCGUUCACCUGCAGUCAGCCGCCGUCUUUUGAUUGUGGAAACAGCCGUACCCCCGUAAAGUCCUCAAAUAGUUGCUUGGGGAAGCCGGCGAUGUCAGAGAGUGAGGAUGACCCCGACGAGAACAGCCCAACGAAGGCGUAUUUGGAUAGCGCUCGUGCUCGAAAUAAUGGUGUCACUCCGAAGCUGGCGCGACAUAGCUCCUAUGAGAGCCUACGGAAUGUGGAUGAUCGUCGCCCGAAUACAAUUAUCAUCAGGUCAAACUCGUCUUUGAAAAAACUACGCGAUCUCCUGAUAGACCCGGAUUCAAAGCGAAUGACAUGUGCACUGUCAGGUCCUUUGGCUGGAUUGCCUCCGACAUUGGUGUCAGUUCAUCAGUUCCUACGUGCUCCACUGAUCCCCUAUCGGAAGUCGUCGCAAAUCAUCCGACGCACCAACGGAGAUAUUGAUUACGUUUGUGAGAUUGAGGGAGGACCGAUCUUGAACGAGCAUAUCGCAGCGACCUGUACUUUCCUUCGCAUCGCCGAGAUGGUCACCCCCGAUAAUAAGCUCCAAAUCAAGGUAUUUGAUCGUAAUGCGUGCAAUGGACUAAAUAUUGCUGUGGCAUCGAAUGUCGAGUGGAACGAGUUAUUUGUUGAACCAAGCGGCUACAAGUGGCUGGCCGGCGCAUCCAAU